UUGUUGACAGAGUUGUGACAGAAAUUACUCUGCAAACUUUUUCUGCAAAUGUAGAACCGGGAUUGUUUCAGGAUUUGAUAUGUGAUCCAUAUAGAAGUAGAAUAGCCGCUUUAUCGAAAGAUAAUAAAAUUUUUAUCAUACCAUCAAGAAAAAGUGUAAUAACAAGCGCCAAAAGGUGCCAAUGGUGUUCUCCGUGCAAAGCUGGAAGAAAUGUCUCUUCUCUUGCGGUUAUUCAUCAGGAUGACAGUAUUGCACAAUACCUACUGGAGUUCGAUGCCAAAGAAGAAAACGCUAAACCUACUAAAGUUAACAGACUUUCAUUUCCUGCCUUAGACGAAAUCCUUCGUGAGAGAGAAAUAGAAAUAACAAAAGAUCAGGUGAACAUCUCGUUUCUCAAAUGUAAGGAAACUGAAAUCUGGAUUUUGAUCAACAACACUAUAAUUGUCAAACUGGACUCCAGUAAGGAAAAUGAAGUGAAGGUCUCAUGCACUUAUGAACUGGAUCAUGGACCACUGCCUCCAACACUCAUGGAUGUGGCUGAAGAGUUUGUGGUUUUCAUGCAACUGGAAUAUCUAUAUUUCUAUCACUACCCGAGUGGAAGACGUGUCGCUAAGUUCAAUACAAGACCUUACUUGAAGGAACAGGAUACGAAUUGUGUGAAACUCUUCAGUAUAUCCCCUGAUCUUAAGACGCUUUGCAUCCUGACUGAAAAUGGCUCACUCUUGUACAUUUCAUUCGACACCAGUAGCUCAGGUCUGACAUUGGGAAAAUCAACAAGGAGCCGACCAGGUAGUGUCCAUACCGGUUCUGACCUUCAGGGUCGGUCAGCUAUUACAGCCACUGGUGUCUGGAAGAGUCAGGUGGAUAAUAUGCUUCACCUGAGUCGGCAAAAACACCGAGGGAUAUCUUUGAGUGCGUCCGAUUGGAAAUAUGACAGGCGUAGUAGAGUUUCUGCUCUUCAAACAAAAUUAGGGCAUUCGCUGUCCAAGUCAACUUUGGCUAGUUCAAGACAAUCAGAGGACAGUGAGGCUCCAGUUACCAAAGGGGACUUCUUCAUUGCUGACUUAAAGGAGACGGUUGCUGGACAUGAUGUCAAUCGUAUGUGCUGCGGAAACACUUACGUUAGCCUGUUAAUGAGAGAUCUUGAAGAGGAGAUUGAAACAUUGCUUGUGUAUGAAUACACCACUGAUGAAAUGAAGAAAUACAGAUGUACGAUGUCGGAAAGUCGGAUAAUUUUUAGUGAAGCGUCUCAUCCUCACUUGGUGCUAGAAUCAACUAGACUUUUAGCAGUUUCCCUCUCGGCAGAGCAAGAACAGAUUAUUAAUAAGAUGAUGAUUCAUGACUCAGCUAGUCUAGCAGAUCAAGUUUGCUGCCUGAAUUCAUGGGACAGGUGCGCGAUACCAGUUCAUACUCUAGAAGUUGGUCUAAAACAUCGACAACUGGAUACUGUGGCAUUCUUCCUCAAAACCAGAGAAAGCGCUUUUUCAAGAACUUCCAACACCGAGCUGACGUCUGCUGAUCCACCCUGGACUGACCUUGAUCUUCUCCAGCUGACCUCCUCAAUCACCUUGUUGACAACCAGCAUACAGGAAAACAUCCACGACCAUGGCUCAAAACAGUUCGCUGAACAGUUGCUACACAUUACCUUGAAUCACCUUCAUAAGCUCCUACAAAGUGUCACUACCCUCCUUCCCAAGGAUCAUCAAAGUCAAACCCGCCUUGAAGGAGAGAAGUUCGAGGCUAUCACAUCGCUCGUUGCUAAACUCAGUGCCUCAAUUUUACACUUGAGGAAAUUCCUGAAACACCCUCAUCUUGACUCUACCAAGUUUGUUACGGUGGAAAAGGUUGACCGAGCAAAAAGUGAACCCGGACAUCAGAAGGUCAUCGUUUGGAAGUCGUCCUCACCCAAGGACAUAGUUGAAGAUGCCCUGCUCACUAAUUGCCUUCCUAUAGCCCAGGCAUUCCUGUGGAAACAUCACGGCCAGGAGUUCGCAUCAAAAGAUUACUUCACCAGUGUUGGCCUCUGCUCAGUCACCAAACAUCUCCAGCAGGAAAACUUGUCUAAGGCCUGUAAGAUCUUGGCUAAUUUGGGCUUUGUUGUGAAUGGUAAACUAAAGGAUAUCUGCCGACACACUUCAGAUAAAGACCUGAGGUCAUAUUUGGUCAGUGUAUUGACAAGCCAGUCGACAUGGACACAAGAGGAGAGCACGAUGGUUGACUAUCUGACUGAAGUUGAAGCAGUCUAUGGGACAGAAUCAGUAUCUCCGCAAAGCUUCAUGGAAGACCCAUUGAAUCUGAAGACCAUCUUGGAUGAGUCUGGUGUUGCCCCGUUCAUUCCGCUACCCGAGGCUGGGGAAACAAUUAGACCUGUCCCCAUCCUGUUGGAAUGGACUCGGCACUGGGACAAGGAGACAGUCAACAGGAUCAUUCUUGAUAAGACACUUCCCUUUGGGGAUAUCAGCCAAUGUCAAACCGUCAGCAAGGAAACAGUCUGGAAAUACCUGGCAACUUACAAUCGACAGAAUGAGUUGAUGAACUGGGUCAGAGCUGCAUUCCCUCUCACGGAUGAAGCCUCAUCUGAUCCUGGGUGGCCAUAUUGUUUACCCGUAACCAUGGAGAUGAUUGAUUGCUUGGAAGAGUGUUCGGAGUUUGUGAGGGAGAAUAUUUUGGAUGAAUUGGCGAGGAGAGGUGUGUUCUGCAACGAUGAACUCCACGACUUCAACAAGAUGUUACGGCGGCUGAAACAGGUCCAAAGCAUCAUGAAAGUCGAUGGCCCCAUGAAGUCCAAACACUCCCGGGUCUCCAUUGAUGACUACCACGGAAACACCAUAGAGUAUCUGGUCGGGAAUGAACUGAUCCCAGCUCUGUACCUUUAUUUGGACUUUUAUGGCAUUGAUAAAGAUCAAGUGGAACAUCUUCUCUCUUCAAACAACUUCAAUAUUCCUUGGGUCCAGAUGAUGUUGAGAUUCAGAGAUUUAGCCAGGGGUUCAACCGACUCCUCGAAGAUGUUGGCUGCAAGUUCCGCAAAUGCUGGCCUGAUGACUGGUAUGGCAGACGUCAAUGUCCAUGAGAUGAUCAAACAGGGACUGUUCAUUCCUGCCCUUGCCACCUUAUUCUACCAGCCGAUCGACUUGAGAAAGAUUCUUACUGAUGGAAUCCAGCACGAUAUGCUCGGGAACCUAACAAGUGAGGACCUCAAAGAAGCCUGCGCUGGUUUCCCCAAGCUACAGGCUGCAUUGUUUCCAUCGGAGCUCUCAUGUGGUAUGAUCGAACAGGAUAUCACGGUCUAUAAUCUAUUACAGGGAAAUGCGUCAUUUGACCCGACUCAUUUGUAUGGAUGGAAACAACUGAACCCUGGUGCCAGCGAAGUGGUGAACCUGCCGCAUUUCGCCGACCCUGAGAUGCAGGCCAAGUAUAGUCACCAUGAAGUACUGCAGCCUAGUUACUACUUAACGCACGGGAGACCAUCAUUUGCUUUCACCACGUUUAUAUCAUCCCUUCUUGAGAACAGUAGCAAGACUCUAGGGAAAAAGAGAAUUUCCCAUGCAAGUAUGAAGGCUCACAUCCUGGCCAUAAAGAACUUCACCAAACCAGUGAUCAGUAGUUCCUGCGUGGCGUACAUUGAAAUGCUGGGGCGUGAUGGCACCCUGCUGCGAGUCUGCCUGUACGCCGCAUCAGCCAUAUAUAGCUACAGGUUACGGGGGAUGACAGGGACAUUUGAAGAGCGGAAGGAGACGGAGCGGCUCCAUGAGCAAGGAACGACUGAUCUCCUGAUGUCUGCAUUGAGAUGUAGGAAGAAAUACUUUCCUGUUGUCCUUGAAGAACUUGAGCGAGCUACUCUGUAUAUGAUAGAACGAGACAGUCUCAAACAGUCAUCAUUUGAAGCAAGUCUGCGUUGGCAGCCUGUGCUACUCCUGUGCCGCCUUAGCAAGCUCCGCUACAGUACUCUCUACCUGCAGCAGUGUGCCAAGGUUGACAACUGGUUGCAGUUCAUGGCAUUUGCCCAGCUUCAUCAGUAUUCCAGUGAUCAGCUCUUUGAGAUCCUGCACCUCUUCCCGAGUACCCAGCUCCAGGAACACCUGCACUAUGUCAUAUCGAGUGCAAAUGUCUCGUCUCGACUGUCACCGCAGCCCUCUACCAAGAUUGACAUGAGGAAGAGUUCAUCGUUCAUACAGCGCCAUUCAGAACUAGUCACGAAAGUGCUAGGCGUCUCCAAGAGUAAAGAAAGGGACCUGACCAGUGAAGAAGAAGACACGUCAAGCAUGUCCACACCAGAACCAGUGGAGAGUGCCCGGACCUCCCCUGUGAUCAUCAACAGAGAAGCUGUUCCAGACAACCUGUUUGCUGUCCUAUUUAUCUGCCAAGCUACACUUGUGCCGUGGAUUAGUCUCCUCAAACACAGCCUAGUCUUGAAGAAUCCUAUCUUGGCAAUUUUGGCUGCAUGUUUCAAGGAAUGCAACCUUCUUGAUGCCCUGACGACGUGGCUGAUUUGUUCAGCUGACGAUGAGACGUAUGAAUCGUACAUCAAGGGCGAGAAGACAUCGUGGACACUUUCAGAACUUCAGGAAUUGAUCACCACUCUGUUACAUAAGAGACACGUCACGAGUCUUGCCAAGGGUUUCUCUAUAUUUCAAAAGGGUUCAAUAUUGGUGCCAUUGCUGAUGUUCUGCAAGUUUGUGUGCCACAGAGAUUUCCAGAAUGCCAAAAAAUGUCUAAUCGGUUUCAAAGAGUGCAUUCUACAAAGCAAGGAGAUGGUGCACUCCACGGUCCUCACUCCAUCCAGUAUUGGUAGCCUUGAAUGGGAGCUGAGCACGUCACGACUCAUCAUACUUGAGCUUCUGAAGACAACCACAUCCACAACAGAUAUUUCCUGGGUGCUAACAGCCUUACAUGAUACCAGUGUUAUUCUUUCCCUCAAGAUUGACCAGCCAGACCUUCACCGUCUGCAGAGCCUGUACACCAUAGCCACUGAAUGCAGCAUCAGUCCUCAGUGUGGUCGGCUGGCUGACCCAGACACUUAUGAAGAAGAGUGCCAGUCCAUGAUCUCGCUACUUAUUGACAAGGAGAGGUUUGAUGAUGCCAGGAGAUUUGCUGUGGUGGCCGGCAUUGAUACCGUCAAUAUUACCAUGAAACAAGUGGAGAGAAAUCUUGCUCGUGUCUGCGGUUUCACUCUGUGGGAAUCUGAAGAGGGAAGGAUUCAAUUUUGGAAUGAAUGCAGCACAACAUUUACCAGUAACAGAGUUCCGCCUGGCAUUGCUGCGGCAUUCUUUCAGGAGCAGUCCAGUCAGCAGUGCAGCCAUAUAGAGAAUGUCAGUCUCCUGCAACUGGCCUAUGACUGGUUAUGUAGGGAUGAGCAAAGCCCUGGCGCGGUUAGAGAUGAAGUGCAGAUGGCAAUAUGGAAAUAUAAGAUACAGAUAGAGAUUGAAAAGCAGGAGAAAAAGUCUCCCACCAUCUUGCAAUAUGACAGUGUGAUGCAGACGCACCAUAUCCCAAUCUUCGAGAAAUCAAAGAAGGCCGAGAGGUCAGAGUUGUUGAUCUAUGGCAAGAUGCCACGGGACGUCUCGGAUGACGGUGGAAGCACUGUUCUCACAAGUCACGAAAUUCUGGCUCUUGACUCGCUACUUGGUACCAUGUUAGAUCAAGGAAAGAUAUCAGAAGCUUGCAAAAUGGCGGCAGAGUUUUCACACUACAGUCAGGACCUUGCAAUAAUUCUUACCUGCAUCCGUCUAGCUCAGCAAGUCGUCACUCCUGACAACAUCGACGAGUCCAUGAAGAAGCUGUCGGCCGGAAGCAAACUGACCAUGUUCAUGAGAAAACGUGCUCUUUCAAACGUGGGGAUCCCAAGAAAUCCAGGCAGCCAAAGUUUAAGCACUGCUUUCGGUACAAGUUCUCCCGUCGACCAAUCGCUGAACAAUACUGAUGAGGACGUCACCAAGCACACAAUAGCAACAAUGGAAAAGCUUUUAGAUCACUGUUGUCAUGGCAACCAGCCAUGCUCCAGGGUCAUCACUGCCUUUAAAAUUGCUCAGAUGCUGAAACACAGGCGUUAUGAAGACGUCAUCAAUGAAGAGGAAUAUGCCUUGCUCAAAACCAUCUUGAUGUGUGACCACUCAGAUAAGUUCCUCCUCGCCCGUGACUACAUAGUGACGAACAGACUUUCCGACGUGGAAGUCGCCGGGUUUCUGUGUGACAUCAUCACGCAUUCUCUGGCGGUCAUCACAAACCAAGAACCAGAAGUAGCAAAGGCAACAAGUUCGAGCGAAUUAGUUUUCAAUCCCUUGGAAGAUGCCAGUGUUUUUACCUGUUUCAUCAAGCUCUGUUCAGAUCCCUCGGUGCUUGGCAACCGUCUGUUGGAGGCAGCUGCGGCGAUGUCUAAUGACACUGUCACCACGACACAACAACAAGGAGCUCUCACAAUGGAGGUAGAACUCCUAGUCAGGUCACACGAGUGUCACACCAUUGCCUGUAAUAUGGAGGGCAUCGCCAGUGUUCUCAGGACAGCCCGACAGCUCACCAGCAACCUCGCACAGGCAGAAGAAUUUACUCUUAUGAUACGGUUGUUGACGGGGAUUGGUCGAUUUAAUGAGAUGACGUACAUCUUUGAUCUGCUGAAGUAUCACCAUCAGUUUGAGUUGCUCUUUAGGAAGGGAAUGGAAAAGGAAAAUAAACUCAAGCUGGCUGUCCUGGACUAUCUGAAACGAUUUCAUCCAACUGACAACGAUACCUACACAAUGGUGUCUUUGCACUUUACAAUGUACAGAGAAAUUGCACAGAUGUUGGAGGAAAAUGCUGUCAAGCUGCUCGACUCCCUAAAGAACAAGCCAUUAGAUUCCAGCAGUGAUACCCAGUCAAAACUCAAGGACAUCCAGCAGUACUUCUGCGAUGCUGCUGAGAGUUAUAUCAAACAAGAAUGCCUGAGGCAUGCGCAGCACUGCAUCAGACAGGCGCGGUUGGUCUCCUUGCAGCUUCACCUCAUCAGCUCUGGAACCACUGUCCUGAACCUAGACUCGGACGGCUUGACCAAGUUCAUCACAAAUCAUGGAAAGUUCUUCGAGGCGUUUAUUGUUGCAGAGGCAUAUCACAGAAAGUCCGACUGGGCAGCUGCGGUAUGCCAACAAGUGGCCAUCAAUGGAGACUUUACUUACCUAAAAGAUCUCAAGUCGUUUAUACAUCUAACCCCGAAUCUUUUGGCGGAAAUAGUGGACAGGUUUAAGAGGGAAGCCAACAAACCAAGCCAAGGUAACAACAACAUGAAGAGAAUCCUGAGUUAUUGUCGAGACAUCCAGAUGAAAUAUAAACUGGCUACUUCACUUGGAUUGACUGAUGUGGUCAUGGAAAUGUACAAGGGCGAUGGCAGUGCUUAUCUUAAUGACACAGUGUCUGCAUAAAAGAAAAUGAGGGCCGCGAGGACACUUUCUCUGCAUGAGAGGAUGUGCUCAGUUCAAGGACAGAUCUCUGUAUAAAAGCAUCUGCCUAUUCAUGGACAGUCUCUGCAUGAGAGGAUGUGCUCAGUUCAAGGACACAUCUCUGUAUAAAAGCAUCUGCCUAUACAAGGACAGUCUCUGCAUGAGAGGAUGUGCUCAGUUCAAGGACACAUCUCUGUAUAAAAGCAUCUGCCUAUUCAGGGACAGUCUCUGCAUGAGAGGAUGUGCUCAUUUCAAGGACUAUGAUGCAUGAAAUGAUGUGCUCAUCUCAUGAACAGUCUGCAUUAGUAGUGGUGCUCAUCUCGAGAACGGUCUCUUUAUCAUGCGCCCCAUGAUACCAUGUGUUUAUCUCAAGAGUUUCUAGACUCAGACUUGUAGCUUGCUUAACUGAUCCUGACAUGUGUACAAUAGAGAAACUCGGAAAAGAAUUAUCAACUGCAUAUUCCUGACACAUAGGAAGAUAUAAAUAAAGACUCGCAAAUGCUUGCUUUAUCUUAAAUUCCAUGUAGAUUUACACUAGGCCUUUCUGAACAAAACUGAAGUAAAAGCAUUUGCUAGACUUUAUUCAUAUCAGCCAUUGCCUGCAGUACAUAUGAGUUGUUGCACCUCCUAAUGAAGAGUGAGAUAAAAAGUUGUGAUAUUGAAAUAUUUUGAUAUUGAAAUGGUGCUAGUACAAAUGAUGUUGAAAAGUUAAUUACUAUCACAUGUAAUAUUUUCUUUUGUGAAUAAAGAAUUCAAUCAAAUUCAU